AUGACUACCAAACACUUAAAAACAAAUGAUGUUUGGAAUUUGCCUCAAAAUGAAAGGAUUAUUGUACGUUGGAAUGAGCAGCAUCAACCAAUUGGAGAUGGUGGCGCAUUAUUGAAUUGGUUCUUAGGGAGUAUUACUAGAAACUUCAAGGCAUUCCUUAUUUGUUAUUCUACUUGGAAGAAGAUUCGUAAAGAUUACAAAGAAGACAUAAUUCAUAAUACCAUUCAAGAGAUUGCCCUAAAAAAUAAACACAAUAGGACAAAGCAAACUUUUGCUCACACGGGGGGUUCGAAGAGCAUUGCAAGAAAGAGGGAAGAAAUGGAAAAAGAGUGUGGAAACAAAGUUAGCAGAGGAGAAGUAUGGAUAGCUACCCAUAAGAAGACCAAUGGAGCUUAUGCCAGUGAUGAGGCAAGGAAAAUUGGUGAACAAAUUGAAGCAUAUGAAUCCACAACAUCGUCUCAAUCAAAAAAAAUAUCCAAUUCAGAUUCAUUGGCUCAUGCUUUAGGAAUCCAAGAGCAUUGUGGACGCGUUCGCGGUCUAGGUUUGGGUCCUUGCCCAUCUAAAGUCUUUGGAGUCAAAGUUCGUUCUCAUAGUGGAUCAUCUUUAGCUGCCCCUUUUAAUGAUGAAAUACAAACUCAGGUAUCUUCAUUGACAUCACAAGUCAAUGAAAUGAAAGAUAUGAUAGCAUUUAUGUUGUAA